AUGAGAAUUUACUUUGUGAAGCAACAGAAGAAGAGCAGCAACAAGUGGACAUGCGUAGUUUGCAACCAGAAGCAGUCCGUAAGAAAAGUCUUUUCUCAAGGCUACAUGGCUAAAGACCUGCGCAAGUUUGUCCAGUCAUUCAACAUGUCUCGCAAAAUCGCUGAUGAACAAGACUACGUAGAUCAAGAAGCCGCGCUAAUCCCAACGUCAGAAGCUGAUCAUAUUGGGUUAAAUGAAGGCUACCAGAGAAAGAGGCGCUCUGAUUGGACAGAGUACCUUGAUGGAGAGGAAGAUUUUAAUAUCAAACAAGAAGAUGAAGAGGGAAUUGGGAAAUUCGGGAUUGCAGGAGAGGAAUCUGGGCCAAUGAUUGUGACAGAGUUGCCGAAGGAAAUGUUUAAGAAAUCCAAGUUGAAGAACUACGAUUCUGGGCCUGGUAGUGGAAAUUGUUGCGAUGGUAAUCUGUACAAGCCGAUUUUUUCGAAGAAGAAUACAAGCAAAACUUCCAUGUCUCAAGACAAGGAAUCAAGGAAAUAUCAAUCUACAAAGACUGCUGGCAAUUCACAACGGAGUGACUGCAUGACACAAGUUGAGAAGGAGGCAAGGACUUCCCAGCCAACAAUGGGGAAAACCAAGGCUUCCAAAUGGAAUGAUUACAUGACAUUAGAUGAGGAUGGUUUUAAUUUUGGGAGGGAGAGAAAUGUUGGAGCUCACCACCAGAGCUAUGGCGAUUGGGAGACCCUAAUGGAUGACGAUCAGAAGGUAGAAGAUGAUGUCCACCCAGACUUCAUGUGA